AUCCACUACCUUUGGCAAACAAGCUAAUUUGUCCUGCAAUUCCAACACGUAAAAGAACUUCCAGUGACACGUUUUAUGCUUAUUGAACCUUAGUGAAAAUGAUUUUUUAUCUUUUCUUGGAAUAGCUACAACGACACGAACUACUACAACGACACGAACUACUACAACAACACGAACUUCAACUACAACACGAACCUCAACUACGACACGAACUUCAACUACGACACGUACAGCGAAUAUCACAAGCACAACUACACCUACAUCAAGUAAAGCGGAAGAAUAUAAGUCAUUUUAUACACGUAUUGAAGCAGAACUGGAAUUACCUAAUACAUCUAUUGAGUCUGAAUAUAUUCAAAUGCUUCUUCUAGGAUGGUUUAAUACUGGUAUUAUGACUAAUUCACGACAUGCGCACACAGCAUCUGUAUUAAACAACGGAAAAGUAUUAGUUAGUGGUGGUCGUAAUGGUGGUUUUCUAAAUAGUGCUGAGCUUUAUGAUCCAUCAACAGGAACUUGGACAACUACUGGUAGUAUGGCUGAUAUACGAUAUUAUCCCACAGCAUGUGUAUUAAACAAUGGAAAAGUAUUAGUUAGUGGUGGAUAUAGUAGUGUUGCUUUCUAUUUAAAUAGUGCUGAGCUGUAUGAUCCAUCAACAGGAACUUGGGUAACUACUGGUAACAUGAUUAAUGCACGAUAUACUCACAGAGCAUCUGUAUUAAACAACGGAAAAGUAUUAGUUAGUGGU